UCAGCUGUGAGUGACAAAAAUCAGCUGUUAUCUCCUCAAGGCAGCUCAGACUACCGAAAAAAACAAGAUUUAUAAUCAAUAUAUAUAUAAAAGAGGAUGAUAGCGCCUUGUUUCUAUGAAGAUGUUGUGAUAUAACUAUAAUAAGUGACGGUCAAAAGGUUAAUAGUCACGUGGAUGUCAAGCAGCAGUGAAGUCAUUACUGUGUUGGUACUAAGACCAUGGCAUUCAUCGGGAAUUUAUUCAAGACCUUCAUGGGGUCAGAGACCCCUUCAGGAAAUACAGUUGUGGAAGUUGGAAUCUCAGAUUUUUCCAGAAUACCAAUUCAGUGUCGUGAAGACUGCCUGGUUCUGUAUGGUCCGACAUCUACCAACAACUUUGAACUGCUUAUGCAUCAGCCUGUUCAGAAUUCACUCUCUAAAGCUUACAGUCUUUUCAGAAUAGUUGACUGUGAUGAAGCUCAGGUGCGUUUCAUUGCAUUGAAGGAGGUGUUGCCUACAUUAGCAGUGUACAUGUCACAUGAUAUUGUCAAUCAACAAGUUCUUCAGAAUAUAUGUGAUUUAAUUCGGGAUCAUCCUACAUGGACAUCUGCUCACAUUGCUGCCCAUCUUGGCUUUUCUCGGCUAUUUAUGCAUCCUGAAAUAACGAGGUACGUAGACACAGCUGAUAUGGAGAUGAAAGAAACACCCUUACACUUGGCAAUAAAGGAAGGUCACCUUGAUGUUAUUCGAAGUUUGAUGCAAAAAAAUGUCAGCGUUGAUGUUACUGAUGUAAAAGGCAACUCUGUAUAUCAUCUUGCAGCAACAACCAAUGAAACAAUCAUAAAGCUGGUAACUCAAAAAGAGUCUCGUCUUUUAAAUGUCCCUAACGAAGCUGGGAAAACACCCCUUCAUCUGGCCUGUGAAGGAGAUAAACCAGAUUGUGUGAAAGCUCUUCUCUGUGCUGGGGCAGAUGUGAAUGUUGCAGCCACUCAUGAUUCUACUUUACCAAUCCAUUCAGCUAUGGCUGCCAAUAGUACACACUGUGCAAAGGAAAUAAUUGCCAUGUAUCCAAACCAACUCAAUGCGAAGGACAUGAAACAGGGAGGAACACCUUUACACUGGGCUACUUCCAGAGAAAUAAUUAAUGCCAUGGCAGACUUGGGAUGUAGUAUCAAUGCACGGAAUUUUCAUGGUCUUACUGCUCUGCAUAAAAUGGUACAAAACAAUCGCUUAGCAUGUGUUUUAACCCUUUUGAGUCGUGGAGUCGAGGUUAAUGUUGCUGAUGAUGAGGGUAAUCUGGCAGUGCACUUAGCAAGUUCAGCUGCUGUUUUACAAGCCUUGCUUGUGUUUGGUGCCAACACUAAUGUUAUCAACAACAAGGGAUCGGUGGUUCGUCAUGUUAUUGCCUCCAGCUCAUAUAAAGAGAAGAAUACUAUGUUAUACAUCCUUCAUGCUGUUGGAGCCCCUCGUUGUCAACAACUCUACCCAGACUGCACUGAUGGAUGUUCACCAAGAGGGUCAUUUGAUGGUGUUCCCCAAGAAAGUAACCAGUUUUCACGUUGCCGUGUAAAUUUUGAUGAAUUUUUGGAUACUGCUAUGUUUGAGAAAACCAAAAGUGAAAUGCAGGCAGAGGCUACAUUAGGGUUCUCCAAAGUGCUUCACAUAAAUAAGAAAGGAGGACGCAUAUUGUCUCUUGAUGGUGGCGGAAUCAAGGGUCUUGUCCUGAUUCAACUUUUAAUUGCUUUGGAAGAAGCAACUGGCCGACCAGUUCUCCAAUUAUUUGAUUGGAUUGCUGGAACGAGCACUGGGGGUAUCCUUGCUCUAGCACUGGCAAUGGGGAAAAGUGUGCGAUAUACUCAGGGUCUUUAUUUCCGAAUGAAAGACCUGGUAUUCGUUGGCCACCGUCCAUAUGAUGAAAAGCCUCUUGAAGAAAUCUUAAAGAGGGAGCUUGGAGAAACAACUGUCAUGUCAGAGAUAAAGGGACAUAAGGUACUAGUCACAGGUGUUCUGGCAGAUCGUUCACCAGCAGACCUUCAUCUCUUCCGUAAUUAUAUAAGUGGAGAGCAGUUACUUCAGUCGUAUGGAGGAAGUGCCUUCGCUCCCACCAGACCUUCAAAUCAGCAGCUGGUGUGGCAUGCUGCCAGAGCAUCAGGGGCUGCUCCAUCUUAUUUCAGAGCUUAUGGACGAUUCAUUGAUGGUGGAUUGAUCUCCAACAAUCCAACUUUAGAUGUGCUGACAGAAAUAUCUGAGUACAACAUGGUCUUAAGUGCUCUUGGGAGAGCAGAUGAAGCAGUUAAGCCAUCUAUCAUAGUUUCACUUGGAACAGGAAAGCCACCUGUUUCUAAGGUUAAUGCCAUUGACUGCUUUAGACCUGAGAGUAUGUGGAGCACAGUGCAAAUGGCUUUUGGUCUCUCAAAUAUUGCAAAGAUGCUAAUUGACCAAGCAACAAUGGCAGAUAAUCGUACAGUUGACAGGGCACGUGCUUGGUGUGGAUCAUGUGGCAUAGCAUACUUGCGCUUAUCUCCUCAACUUUCCUUGGAUGUUCAGCUGGACGAGACUCGGGAUGAAAUUCUUGUCAAUGCUUUAUGGGAGACAAUGGUUUACAUUCGAAGCAAGAAAGCUGAGAUAGACCAGUUUGCAGCUUUAUUAAUGUCUGGUUACUCUCCUUAGUUAAGAAGCAAAUGUAACAACAUAAAGUGGGUGUAUGUUCAACAGCAGAACAUUGAGAAUUUGUUAAUAUAGAUUGCUGAUUUUGAAUAACAUAAUGUUCAGUGCAAUAUUAGGUGGCCACAAAUAACCCUCACAUAGGAGAAAGAUAUUUAUGACAUUUGGUUCGACUUGGACCAUUAACUAGUUGCACAUGUGUGACUAGUUAACCCUUUCAGGGUCGACAGGCCCUCUCAGAGACUUGUUUUCAGGGUCGGCCAAAUUUAAAAAAAAAAAAAAAAUUCUUAUGAAAAGAUAGAUAAUCUUUUCCCGAUCAUAAUGACACCAAAAGUAUGAAAUUUGGUGGAAAACUUACAGAAUUAUGCUUUAGCGAAGUUAGCGGUCUCGACAAUGUUUACGCAUCGGCGAUUUUGCCCACUUUGAGCCCUAUUUUCAGCCAAUUCAGUGUACUUGUCGACAAAAAUCAAAACUAUUUCGCUAGAACUCCAUUUUUUCUAUCGAAUGAGUACAAGAAACCACCCAUUUACUGAUUUCAACUAUCCAAUACAGUGGUCAGAAUUUAGCAAUUUUGCCAAUUUCACACAAAUUUCAAAAGAUGCCAAUUUCCAAAUAGGGUCCAGAAUAAACAAGAAAGACAUUCCUGGCACUAAAAUAACAAGUUCUCUGUUCAUUAGUCACAUCUCCAUGCCCCUCUUACAUUUUUUUUUUUUUCCACUUUGAUUUUUUAUUCUCAAAAUAGCCCUUGUGGCUUAGCGCUUCUUUUUGAUUAUAAUAAUAAUAAUAAUAUUCUCAAAAAAAUAGAAGAUUUACUGUUAUGCAGACUACUGCAUUGGUGUAGAAAUGGUAUAAAUAAUAUCAGCGCACUUGUGAAACAAUAUUAGACUCACCAGUUGACGUGUAUUGGAUGCAUAUCAUGAUUUGUUUACUUUUGAACUUUGGUAAAAAUCGAACAUUUCUGCUACUUUGAGCUCAAUUUCAAAUUCAAUUCAAAGUUUAUUCUCUAUAAAGAUUACAAUGUUGAAUUUACAGAAUUUGGUUGUUGUGUGGUUUACUUGUAGUUAAAUAAUGAUUACAGAGUGUACCACUAGAACGCCUAGCAUGGCUAGGCAUUUCGGGCAGACUUAGUUUAAUUCUUAAUUUUAAAAUAUUACAAAUUAUGAGGUAAGUUGGUAUUAUGGCUAAGUAACUAAAUACUAGUUUGUGAGUUUAGCAAUGUGAAUGCUUUUGUUUUGGCACAGUACAUAGUUUCAGUAUUGGAGUAUCAUAGGAUUCAUUAUUUUAAGAUUGAGAUUAAUAUUUCUGUUUAUGGUCAAAUGGGUGAGUGAGUGUAAGUGUGAACCACCAGGUGGUAUUCGUGUAGUUAGUUGAUGGGGUUUAUCAGGGAGAUAAGAUGUUUUCUAAUGGUAGUUUUGAAGGUGAUGAAUGUGUCUGCAGUUCUAGAGUUCUCAGGUAGGGUGUUCCAGAUUUUAGGACCUUUGACAUACAUUGAAUUUUUGUAAAGGUUUAGUCGGACAUGGGGAAUGUCGUAGAGAUGUUUGUGUCUGGUGUUAUGCCUGUGGGUUCUGUCACAGCUAUCAAGAAAGCGUUUUAGGUCAAGGUUGAUAUUGGAGUUUAAGGUCCUGUAGAUGUAGAUUGCACAGUAGUAAGUGUGGAUGUAUCGAACAGGGAGUAAGUUUAGAUCUAUGAAGAGUGGGGGGGUGUGUUGCCAGGGAUGGGAUUUAGUGAUUAUUCUUACUGCAGCUUUUUGUUGGGUUAUUAUUGGCUUUAGGUGCGUUGCUGCAGUUGAUCCCCAAACACAAAUAGCAUAGGUGAGGUAUGGAUAAAUAAGUGAGUGGUAUAGUGUGAGAAGGGCAUUUUGCGGCACAUAGUAUCGUAUCCUGGAGAGGAUCCCAACUGUUUUGGAUACUUUUUUGGUUAUGUGUUGGAUAUGGGUGCUGAAAUUCAGGUUGUUGUCAAGGUAUAGGCCUAGGAAUUUGCCCUUAUUAUGUCUGGUAAUUAGAGUGUUGUCGAUCUUAAUGUUAAUUUGUGCAUCUCCUGCUCUGCUACCAAACAUAAUAUACUAGUAGGUUUUGUCAGUGUUAAGCGUAAGUUUAUUGGCUGUCAUCCAAGUCGAUAUUUUGAUCAGCUCCUCGUUAACAAUGGUGUUGAGGGUGGCAAGAUUAGGGUGAGAGAUGACAUAAGUCGUGUCGUCAGCAAAGAGAAUGGGUUUCAGGUGUUGGGAUACGUUUGGAAGAUCAUUGAUGUAUAUGAGGAAGAGCAGGGGACCAAGGACACUUCCCUGCGGAACUCCAGUAUCAAGUGGCCGUGUUGUUGAUGCUGUGUCUUUAAUGGUAACAUACUGAUACCUAUUAGUAAGGUAAGAUUUGAAAUAAGCAAGCGCAUGGCCUCUUAUACCGUAAUGGUCAAGUUUGUGGAGUAGGAUGUCGUGGUCUACUGUGUCAAAAGCUUUUCUUAGGUCAAUAAAAAUUCCUAGUGGAUAUUCCUUAUUUUCCAAUGCCGUGUAAAGCAGAUCUAGCAUUUUU